UAAUUUAUUUUCAGGGAUCAACAACAAAGUAACAAGAGCAGGGGCAGCCAAGAGUGCUAUAAAGAAGAGGAUGAAAACGCGUUUGACCUUGUAAAACUCGUCCACCAUGAAAGACUCUUCUCAGCUUUCAUCAACCUUCUUCACGCGUCCACACCCUGCAACAAAGCCCAACCCAAGAUCCCCGCAGCACCGAAAAGAAGCAGCAGCAGCAAUUAACUCCGCAAACAUUUCCCCCUAAUCAGACACCUUCAACUACCCCACUUCCUCCCUCCAUUUCCUCCGCUCAUCAAGCCUUUUACGAGACAAGAAACACCCACCAAGACCCAUCAAAGAUCAGCGCUUUCUCUUAAGUUUCAUUGCUUUUUUUGAUCUGAUCAAGGUUUUCUGUUUUGGGUUGUGAUGGCGGAUAUAGUGAAGCAAAUCUUGGCGAAGCCGAUUCAGUUAGCGGACCAGGUGACGAAAGCGGCGGAUGAAGCAAGUUCGUUUAAGCAAGAGUGUGCGGAGCUUAAAUCCAAGACGGAGAAACUCGCUGGCUUACUCCGACAAGCCGCGCGAGCGAGUUCCGACCUCUACGGUCCGACGCGCCGCAUAAUCGACGACACCGAGCAAGUCCUCGAAAGAGCCCUUAACUGUCCUCAAUGCCGCGCCAACGGCCUUAUGAAGCGCGUGUUCACGAUCAUCCCAGCUGCCGCGUUCCGCAAAAUGUCUGCUCAGCUCGAGAACUCAAUCGGCGAUGUCUCCUGGCUUCUCCGUGUAUCAGCUUCUGCUGACGAUCGCGACGAUGAAUACUUAGGCCUCCCUCCGAUCGCUGCAAACGAGCCGAUUCUAUGCCUAAUUUGGGAGCAAAUCGCGAUUCUUUUCAAUGGUUCACCCGACGGCCGGUCUGACGCGGCGGCUUCGCUUGUUUCGCUAGCCAGAGAUAAUGAUCGGUACGGGAAACUAAUUAUAGAAGAAGGAGGGGUUGGGCCGCUAUUGAAGUUAAUCAAAGAAGGGAAAAUAGAAGGUCAAGAAAACGCUGCCAGAGCUAUUGGACUUCUGGGCCGGGAUCCGGAAAGCGUUGAGCAGAUGAUCCACGCCGGCGUUUGCACGGUGUUCGCGAAAAUCCUGAAAGAAGGUCCGAUGAAGGUUCAAGCUGUCACGGCGUGGGCGGUAUCGGAGCUGGCAGCUAAUUAUCCAAAAUGCCAAGAUUUAUUUGCCCAGCAUAACAUAAUCCGACAACUCGUUAGUCAUUUGGCGUUUGAAACGAUUCAAGAACACAGCAAAUAUGCAAUUGCUAGUAACAAGGCAACAUCGAUCCACGCGGUUGUCAUGGCGAGUAGCAAUCAUUCGAAUGUGAGAAAUGUUGUUGAUGAAGCAUCAGACUCGGAUUCCGCAUCCGAUGGGAACGAAACUCCGAGUCAGAUGCACAAUGUGGUUAUUACUACCAUGGCGAUGAAAGGAGGGGCGAAACUGCCACAAAAGCCGAGUAAUAAUCAUGUUAGGAGUAACAGUCAGGGCAAUGUCAAGCAAAUCCAUCAAGUUUAUUAUCAACAUCAGCAGAAUGUUUCGGCGAAUAUCAAGGGAAGGGAAUUGGAAGAUCCUGCUACCAAGGCUUACAUGAAGGCAAUGGCAGCUAGAGCUUUAUGGCAUCUUGCAAAGGGGAAUGCCCCUAUUUGUCGGAGUAUUACUGAGUCUAGAGCGUUGUUGUGUUUCGCGGUUUUGUUAGAAAAAGGAACCGAUGACGUGCAGUUUAACUCGGCCAUGGCAUUGAUGGAGAUUACAGCUGUGGCAGAGCAGGAUACUGAUUUGAGAAGGUCGGCAUUUAAGCCGAAUUCGCAUGCUUGCAAGCUUGUUGUCGAUCAGCUGUUGAAGAUCAUAGAGAAGGCUGAUUCGGAGCUCCUGAUCCCUUGUAUCAAGGCUAUCGGUAAUUUGGCAAGGACGUUCAGAGCGACGGAAACAAGGGUGGUUGCCCCAUUGGUUAAACUUCUUGAUGAGAGGGAAGCUGAUGUUUCUAAGGAGGCUGCAGUUGCACUUACCAAGUUUGCUUGCACAGAAAACUAUCUACACCUUGAUCAUUCUAAGGCAAUCAUCAGUGCAGGAGGUGCAAAACAUUUGAUUCAGCUGGUGUAUUUCGGGGAACAAAUUGUUCAACUCUCAGCGCUAGUUCUCCUAUCCUACAUUGCCCUCCAUGUACCGGAUAGCGAAGAACUUGCCCAUGCUGAGGUGCUUACAGUGCUUGAAUGGGCAUCCAAGCAAUCCUACAUGACCCAGGAUGAGACAAUAGACACACUUCUGCAAGAGGCCAAAAGUAGAUUGGAGCUGUAUCAGUCUAGAGGCUCAAGGGGAUUUCAUUGAUUCAAUCGCCUCUCCAAUUGUAAUUUCUUUGUUGAAAAAACUAUUUCCCAUCAAUUUGCUUCCCAAUUCAUCAUUCUAUUUUCGAGUGUACAUACAGAUAGUUGAUCAUAAGUAUUUUCAGUCAUUUUGCACA